AUGUUAGAGGUGGAAGUUGAGAGUCCAAGAAGUGAUGAAGUUGAGGAGGAACCCAAAGGGAUCUAUAGGGAGAAGUUUAGGAAGCUCGUUAAUCGUGUUGUGAUGUUCAAUAUUUGGCAAAAUAUAGCAUCACAUGAUUUUCCAACAGCAAGAAAUCUCGAUGUGAAACUCCGACUCACGGGGCCGAGGACUUUUCUCAUCAAAAAGAAUCUGCGAGAGCAUUUAGCGGAUGUUAUCUACUACAAUUGCUACGGAAAAGGAAGGACAGUUAUCAAGGAAGGACAUGAAGCUACUGGGCUUUAUUUCCUCAUUACUGGAGAAAUUACCGUCUUCAAAAAGCUCUGGGACAAUGAAAAGCUCACACUCAGAAACCAACCAAUCCAGGCUAUAAGUUCGGGAGAAAUGUUUGGUGAAGUUGGACUCCUCUUUGACAUGGAACGAUUGGUCACGUGCGAAACGGCAACUACGUGUGAACUUUUCUUUGUGAGCCGUCAAGACUUCGAGGUGCAUCUCCGGGGGAUUUUGCAGGAGCAAUGGAAUCAGAAGAAGGAGAUCCUGGACCGUCCGAUUUUUCGGGAAUAUUUUCAGAACUUUUCCCAGAAGCAGCUCCGUGAAGCCUGUGUUCUGUCCAAGCUUCAUCGAUAUGAACGUGAUGAGAUUGUCUUCAGUGAAAAUAGUGGGCUUAAAAGCUUCGUCUAUCUUCUACUCUCUGGCCAAUGUGCUAUCAUUCAAUGCUUAAAAGUCGAUCACACGCGGAAGAAGCCCAAAUUAAUUCCCCUCGAAAUGAAUGAGAGAAGAAAAUCUGAAAAUAUCCUUGACAAACUCAAGGAACUUCAGCUGAAAAAAUCUUCUGGAGGUGAAGAGGAUCACAACCAUCAAUCUGAAGAUGAAGAGGAGGAUGCAACAGAAUCCAAUAAUAAUUCAAUAAAAGCAGCACGACAUGAAUAUUUCGUUUUUGUGGGAUCCUACAAGAAUGGUGCUAUUUUUGGGCUUGGUGAAGAAAUGACCCAUCGCAGUGUGGUAGCCAGGAAGUACACUGAAUGCCUCCUCCUGCCAAGGUACUGGUUGAUGCAGAAGGAACAAAAUAUCGGGAAUAUCUGGAGCAGAACGAAGAUUUAUCUCAACUUGACUCUUCCAUCGAGAGAAGCAACAUUUGAUGAAUUUCUCCGGAAAAGGCGCUGGAAGAGAUUCAAGGAGGACCGGAUGCGUGAGUAUGUUGGAAGGAAAAGUGAACAUCAAGUCACGGCUCGUCUUCGUGAUGUCCCCGUGCUGUGUCGCAUCGAGAAUGGCCUCUAA